UCACAACCUCAGGGUGGCACGCGGGGAGGUAGGCUGAGAGACUUUAGCCGGGGAACCCAGCGUGCUGGUGCUUUUUUUUUUUUUUCUCUCCUCGCUGCUACCCUCUCAGUGUGUGGGUCUGAGGGUCCGAGAAGACGCGGAGUAGCAGGGCUCACCUCCUCAAGCGCAUUUGCCCUGUGUAUGAGGAAGCCCUCACGUUCCCAUAGUAGUUAGAGCGCUGUGUCCGGCAUAGCGACAGGGACCGUUGCUACCCGUUUCCCUGUGAGCGUAGUUGCCCCGAGGCACACACUCCCAUCCCCUGAGACUUGGCCUUGAGUGUCCCUCACACAAGUCUGGAUCUUCAUUACCCCCACCGCCUCACUUAAUCAGUUUGUCGGCAUCAUCCCCGGGGGGCAUCCCCACUCCGAAGCAGUGAAGAUGGCUGGAGGACGUCUGCUGCUGGGGGGUGACUUCCUGUCGCCGCCGCCGUUGCCCCCCCUCCCGCCGCCGCCGCUAACCCCCCUCCCGCCGCCCCCGCCUGAGCCAAUGCUGGAGCAGUGGCGCUAUAGCCACGAAAGUGACUGGCAGUGGGCUCUGCGGCGGAGCUUCAUCUGUAGGCACUUGCAGAGCUAUCCCGGGGCUGCCCUAGACCAGCUCCUUGCGCUCUCCGCCGCCUGGACCAACCACGUUUUCCUGGGCUGCAGAUACAGCCCACAUUUGAUGGAAAAAAUUCUUCACAUGGCCGAAGGUAUUGAUAUUGGGGAGAUGCCGUCAUAUGAUCUGAUGCUGCCCAAAACUUCCAAAGGCCAAAAGCGCUACCUUUCAACCUAUGAUGGUCAAAAUCCUUCUAAAAAGCAAGCUGGUUCCAAAUUCCAUGUGAGACCUCGUUUUGAGCCUGUACAUUUUGUAGCUAGUAGUUCAAAAGCCGAAAAACAGGAAGAUCCUUAUGGCCCUCAAACAAAAGAGGUAAAUGGACGGACACAUUUUGCCAGCAUACCAAGAAACGUCUACCAAGAUUAUACUCAAGACUCUUUCAAUAUACAAGAUGGAAAUUCUCAGUAUUGUAAUUCAUCAGGAUUUAUUUUCACAAAAGAUCAGCCUGCAACAACCAACAUGUAUUUUGACAGUGGGAACCCUGCCCCAAGCAGCACAUCCCAGCAGGCAAAUUCUCAGCCACUCUCUGAGCCUUGUCUUUCACCGACCUAUCCUGAGUCAGUGGUUGCUGAGAAACAGUAUUUUAUUGAAAAGUUAACAGCAACUAUCUGGAAGAACCUUUCUAAUCCAGAGAUGACUUCUGGAUCUGACAAAAUUAACUAUACUUACAUGCUAACUCGUUGUAUUCAGGCCUGUAAGACAAAUCCUGAGUACAUAUAUGCUCCUUUAAAAGAAAUUCCUCCUGCCGACAUCCCCAAAAAUAAAAAACUCCUCACAGAUGGUUAUGCUUGUGAAGUUAGAUGCCAAAACAUCUAUCUAACUACAGGUUAUGCCGGCAGCAAGAAUGGGUCCAGAGAUCGAGCUACUGAGCUAGCUGUAAAACUCUUGCAGAAGCGGAUUGAGGUUAGAGUUGUCCAGCGGAAAUUCAAGCACAUAAUUGGAGAGGACCUUGUAGUAUGUCAGAUUGGUAUGCUUUCCUAUGAAUUUCCCCCAGCUCUGAAACCACCAGAAGACCUGGUAAUGCUAGGAAAGGAUGCUUCUGGGCACCCUAUUUUUCAUAGUUCAGCCAAACACUGGACCAAUUUUGUCAUUACAGAAAAUGCAAAUGAUGCAAUUGGCAUCCUUAACAAUUCUGCCUCAUUCAACAAAAUGUCAAUUGAGUACAAAUAUGAGAUGAUGCCAAAUCGCACAUGGCGGUGUCAGGUUUUCCUGCAAGAUCACUGCUUAGCUGAAGGUUAUGGAACCAAGAAAACAAGCAAACAUGCAGCUGCUGAUGAGGCUUUGAAAGUUCUUCAAAAAACACAACCCACUUAUCCAUCUGUCAAAAGUUCCCAGUGCCACUCAGGUUCUUCACCCAGAGGAUCUGGGAAGAAGAAAGACAUAAAAGAUGUUGUGGUUUAUGAGAAUUCUUCCAAUCCGGUGUGCACAUUGAAUGAUACAGCUCAAUUUAACCGAAUGACAGUUGAAUAUGUCUAUGAAAGGAUGACAGGUCUACGGUGGAAAUGCAAAGUGAUUCUAGAGAGUGAAGUCAUUGCUGAAGCAGUUGGAGUGAAGAAAAGUGUCAAAUAUGAAGCUGCUGGAGAAGCUGUGAAAACUCUCAAAAAGACCCAGCCGACUGUCAUUAACAACCUGAAGAAAGGGACUGUUGAAGAUGUGAUUUCAAGAAAUGAAAUUCAGGGCCGCUCAGCCGAAGAAGCUUACAAACAGCAAAUCAAAGAAGAUAACAUAGGGAAUCAACUGCUGAGAAAGAUGGGUUGGACAGGUGGUGGUUUAGGUAAAUCUGGUGAAGGCAUACGGGAGCCUAUCUCAGUCAAAGAGCAGCAUAAGCGAGAAGGGCUUGGUCUAGAUGUAGAGAGGGUCAAUAGAAUUGCUAAGAGAGAUAUAGAGCAGAUCAUCAGAAACUAUGCCCGCUCUGAGAGCCACUCAGAUUUGACCUUCUCCACAGAGCUGACCAAUGAUGAACGAAAGCAAAUACAUCAGAUUGCUCAGAAAUAUGGCCUGAAGAGUAAGUCUCAUGGGGUAGGCCAUGAUAGAUAUCUAGUGGUAGGUAGAAAACGGCGGAAGGAAGACCUUCUAGAUCAACUCAAACAAGAGGGCCAAGUAGGACAUUAUGAGCUUGUUAUGCCCCAAGCAAACUAAGAUUUUUACUAAAUUAUCUUGUAAAUGCCACGUGAGGCAGAUCUACAAAUAAUAAAGAGUAUUCGUUCUUAA